AUAAUCUGAACUUGAAGAGCCGAACCCGAGACAGUAUAAUCGCCGGGAACAGAGCCUUGAGCAGACCACUGCUCAAUGCUGGUCUCCUCAAUGCUCGCGUUUGCCCUGAGCUUCUCCUACCGGGAAAGUAUGUCUUUCUGCACUGCAUCUGCUCGAACGAGAGCUAUGCGUGCUGUCAUACUCGUAUCCCAAAGCUACGUGUCUGGCCACGUCAGCGUUGAAACCAAGACUGCACACCGUUCUGAGUUUGCUUUGCAGGAUCUUCACCUGUGUGGCACGGGGAGAUGAGCUCUCUCUCCAAAUAAUGUCAGCUUCCUCUUCGAAUUCUGGACAGCUACCAGAGCCGACAAGCGCCUUUGGCGACGAUGGCCAAGUUCGAGGCACACCGCGGCUAGAACGUUGACGACCGAGUUUCUCGACGGCGAGAUUACGUCUCUACGACCAGGUGCGC